AUGUUGCCAUCAAUCUUUGUCCAUCUCUAGUUUCCAGCACGAAUAGCAACAAUUGCAAGCAAAAAUAUAAAGUUUUCGGCGCAUUUAAAAAUAUUGUGGAAUAGAGCCGCUGCUAGAGUUUAGGACAGUUAUCCAGCGAGCCGAAGUGAACGGGAAAAGCGAGAGCAAUUGAGACGCGACAAGUGCAUUGGCCAAUAUAAUCGCUUGCAGAGUCACCUGCGUGCCGUGUGCCAGUGUGUGUGUGUGUGUGUGCCUGUGCGUGAGUGCGUGCGUCGAGUGCUGCGCGUGUGUUAGUGCUUUGUUCUGCGAGCGUUUCGGAAAUGGCAAAGAAAACCUACGAUUUGCUCUUUAAACUGUUGCUGAUCGGUGACUCGGGCGUAGGCAAGACCUGCAUAUUGUUCCGCUUCUCCGAUGACGCCUUCACAUCCACGUUCAUCUCGACCAUAGGCAUAGAUUUCAAAAUCAAAACAGUGGAGCUGCGGGGCAAGAAGAUCAAGCUUCAAAUAUGGGACACCGCCGGCCAGGAGCGUUUCCACACGAUAACCACAUCCUAUUACCGCGGUGCGAUGGGCAUAAUGCUCGUCUAUGACAUAACGAACGAAAAGAGCUUCGAGAAUAUAGUCAAAUGGCUGCGGAAUAUAGACGAGCAUGCCAACGAGGAUGUGGAAAAGAUGAUAUUGGGCAACAAGUGCGACAUGACGGACAAGCGGGUGGUGAACAAGGAGCGCGGCGAAGCGAUCGCCCGUGAACAUGGCAUUCGGUUUAUGGAAACAUCCGCCAAAUCGAACAUAAACAUCGAGCGGGCAUUCUGCGAACUCGCCGAGGCAAUUCUGGACAAGACGUCGGGUCGCGAGUCGGCCGAAAAUCCGGAACGUGUGAUCAUCGAUCGCCGGAACAAUGAGAAGGCGCCGGGAUACAGCAAGUGCUGUGCGUAAAACGUCGUUAAUGGCGCAAACGGAGCGUGGCUUGGCCCGGGCGUGCGCUUAGCUGUGCGGAGGAGGAAAGGCGAUGGCGGGGCAGAGCGAAGCGGAUUUGGAUUUGGAAUUGAAAAAUGGAAAUGGAAAUGUGUGGGAUUAGAUCAAAGGGAAUCGGUUUCUGAAACUGCCCCAAAAAAGGGAAACGAAGCAAUACACCACAGCCAGGCACACAUCAGCACUCGCACGGAGGGAACUACUUACUUACUACGAGGAUAGCAGAAGCAGCAGCAGCAGCAAUUAUGCAGAUGGAACAAACACAGAAACAACCUACCUAAAGUUUAACGACAGUUAUUGUAAUAACGAACAUUUGGACGCCACUUUACAAACAGCCGCCGCCCCCAGCUUGGGGUGGGUCAUUCGGAUAGGAUACGUUAGUUAGCGCACACGGAUCGGGAUCGGGAUCGGGAGGAGCAACAGAAUCGCAUUUUGAGUUAGCUAACGUGAACCGAAGAUCGAUUCCAGAGGCUACCUAGGAUUCGGGAACCAAAACGAAAACGAAGAUCGAAGAAAAACGCAGACACAGACACAAGCAACUUUUGUAACGUAACUUUUGAUAUAUAUACAUAUAUAGUAGAUAGUCCUACGAUUCCUGUACUCAAGCCGUACUCUUUGUUCGUUCGCGCACGCACUCCCCAACCGCCAUCCACAUAGGUCUUUGUUUUUGUUUGUUUGUUUUGUUUUGUUUUGCAUUGUGUUGCGGCCUAGAUAUACAUACCAUAUUAUUCAUCGGAUAGUAUAUAUAGUACAUAAUCCCAGCUAGCUAGCCACCGCUUGUUUUUUCCGAUCCUCUCUCAGCCAGCGGAGAAUGGGGGGGAGCCAGGGAAUUAGUAGUAUUUAGUAGUAGGCGCUGGACACUCUGCAGCCACUCAUCCAGCCCAGUCAAAGUUGGAGCUGUUCCGAAAUUGUUUUUUUUUGAUUAUUGCCUAUAUAUAUAUAUAAUUAAAUAUAUAU